AUGUCGUCUUCUAGUGACUCUGAUCCUGCCACGGUCGUGGUUGGAUCCUCAGAGGAGCCUUCCUCCGGGUCGCCUUCCCCCAUGGGUACCCCUUCUUCAGUGCCUUCCCCUAGUGCUAGUGAUGGGGAAGUGGGACCUUCCAGCGUCUCUAGCCUCGAUAGAGGUCUUAGGUCUUCUGGGGUGGCGCCUAUAGCCACGGGUCCUGCUAGUAGGUUGGGUCAUGUUACCACUUUGACCUUAGUCGCUGCUGUGUCUUCUGAUGUUCCCGCAGGAGAGAGCACUGUGGUGCCCGAGGAGGGCGUUAUUCGACCUGAAGAGAGCACAAUUCCUACUGAGGAGGGCGUGGCACGCCCACUCAAGGCUGAGAUGGCUUCUCCUCCUAAGGAGGAUGUGACUCCCCCAGGGGAGGUCUCUUGA